AACGGAGCUAUCUCCACUACAUGUUGCAAUUGUAUGUGCAGAGAACCAAAUGCUAUCGGAGCUCCUUGAAUUGAACUUGAGUAGGUCAGCCUUGAUCCUGUUAUUCUGUUUGUAAUAUCAAGCAUCAGAAUUGUCGGGAACAUGGGAGAGAGCAUCCUCCAUGGCUUUCCAGAAGCCGCUCCUUCGAGGCCGUCGGGCAAGUUGUUAUAUGCAGAUGUCGCAGUAACAGCCACAGCCAAAGAAUUCGCAGGCAUCUACCGCAACAAGCAAUAUCACGAACCAGACUUCUCUUCUGUCCUCGAUCGUGCCCAAGAUGCCGGUGUUGAUAAAAUAAUGCUCACCGGCAUGUCAUUUCCAGACAUCACCUCCAAUGCCGAUAUUGCUCGCGUAAACCCACUGCAGUGCAGCAUAACCAUCGGAGUGCAUCCUUAUCAUGCCUCCGAACCCUACGUCAAUGGAGGUGACGGAAGCGAGUACUUCUCUACUCUGGCAAAUGCGAUUAACGACUUGAAGUCUUCUGAUCCUAAGCUGGUGACCGCAUUUGGAGAAUUGGGCUUGGAUUACGAUCAUCUAGAUCAUGCGGACAAGGAGACCCAACUACGCUGUUUCAAAGACCAGCUUGACCUUUUCGUCGAGCAGGAAUGGGAUCUGCCGCUGUUUUUGCACUGUCGGGCUGCGUUUGAUGACUUUGUCGAAGUCAUGGGAGCAUACGCCUCAAGACUGCCUAGGUCAGGACUGGUUCACUCGUUUGUCGGCACACAAGCACAGAUGGAGAGGUUGGUGUCCAUAGGCUUUGGCAUAAGUGUUAAUGGUUUCAGCUUCAAGGAUCGCGAGUCAUUGGAGAUGGUAGCUGCGAUACCCAUGGAUAAAUUGCAACUCGAGACCGACGCGCCUUGGGGUAUUAUACAACCAAGCUCGGAAGUGGCGAAGAGAUACUUGACCAAUGCGCCAGCAUUGCCUGCGAGUAAGAAGAAGGAUAAAUUUCAGAUGGGCUCUACGGUCAAGGAGAGGAACGAAAGCUGUGCUAUGAGUCAUGUUGCAUUCAUUGUUGCUGGUUUGAAGGGCAUAAGUGUACAAGAAGUGGCAGAAGCAGCUACGGAGAACAGUGAGGCGAUGUUCUGGCGAGGCACAUUGCAGGUAUGACAUGUUAGUAGAAUGCUUAUAGAUUGGCUGGAAAGAGAUAAGGGUAGAUGUUCAGAGCUUGGUCUUGAUUGUGCAUCCAUCCUCCUUCUGGCAAACAGCUGUACGUCCGAGAUUUUUGGUUAGAGGUCCUGUAGGACCAGUCUGGUAAUGACAAAGGUCGUCAAUUCCAAGUGCACAACUCUGUCUCUUGUCGCUGGUAGGAUACUGCUCAUCUCCCCACAUGCCUGCCCAAUGAAGCCAAUCAACUUUCUCAGAGGCUUGCUCGGUAGCACCGAAACCGACUCCGCCAGCAGAAGUGACAGUGUUGCUAGCAGGGUCGUAGUAGUAGCCGCGGUAG